CGUAGUUUGAGUGAGAAAACUAGUUUGCGUCAAUGAUGGCGCAAGAUUCGAACUACGUCAGUGAGAAGAUGGCGGAUGGAGGCAGCGAGAAUGAUGCGGAGCUACUCAAGGAGAAGGCGAAUAAGUUCUUUAAAGAUAAAGACUAUGACAAUGCAAUCAAGUACUACACAGAGGCGUUGGAGCUCAAUCCCAACAAUGCCAUCUACUACAGCAACCGGAGCCUGGCGUACCUGCGCACCGAGUGCUACGGCUACGCUCUGGCUGACGCCACCAAAGCUCUGGAUAUAGACAAGAACUACAUCAAGGGUUAUUAUCGGAGAGCCACGUCCAACAUGGCGCUGGGCAAGUUCAAGGCUGCGCUCAAAGACUAUGAGACGGUCGUCCGAGUUCGACCGAACGACAAGGACGCCAGGAUGAAGUAUCAGGAAUGUAACAAGAUUGUCAAACAGAAAGCCUUCGAGCGAGCCAUCGCCAGCGACGAGCUCAAGAAGUCAGUCGUCGACUCUUUAGACAUCGAAAACAUGACUAUCGAGGACGACUACUCGGGCCCCAAACUUGAAGAUGGGAAAGUCACGGUCAAGUUCAUGAAGGAAAUGAUGGAGUGGUUCAAAGAUCAGAAGAAGCUGCACAGGAAGUGCGCUUACCAGAUUUUGAUCCAAGUUAAGGAUCUUUUAUCCAAACUUCCAAGCCUUGUGGAAAUCACAAUAAAAGAUACAGAAAAAAUAACCAUUUGUGGCGACACACACGGACAGUUCUACGACCUUCUAAACAUCUUUGAGUUGAACGGUCUGCCGUCAGAAGUCAACCCUUAUUUGUUUAACGGGGAUUUUGUGGAUCGUGGCUCUUUCUCUGUGGAAGUCAUCCUGACCCUCUUUGGCUUCAAACUAUUGUGGCCCGAAAACUUCCACUUGCUGCGAGGAAACCACGAGACGGACAACAUGAACCAGAUGUACGGCUUCGAGGGCGAGGUGAAGGCCAAGUACACGGCCCAGAUGUUCCAGCUGUUCAGCGAAGUCUUCCAGUGGCUGCCGCUGGCACAGUGCAUCAACAGCAAGAUUCUGGUGAUGCACGGCGGACUCUUCAGUGAAGAUGGAGUCACGCUGGAUGACCUGCGGAAGAUCGAGAGGAACAGACAGCCGCCUGACUCGGGUCCGAUGUGUGACCUCCUGUGGUCCGACCCGCAGCCUCAGAACGGACGCUCCAUCAGCAAGCGUGGUGUGAGCUGCCAGUUUGGGCCGGAUGUUACCGAGCGUUUCCUGGAGCAGAACAAGCUGGACCUGAUCAUCCGCAGUCACGAGGUCAAGGCUGAGGGCUACGAGGUCACUCACUCAGGGAAGUGCAUCACCGUGUUCUCUGCUCCAAACUACUGUGACCAGAUGGGAAACAAAGGCGCUUACAUCCACCUCAGGGGAUCUGACCUCAAGCCAGAAUUUCACCAGUUCACUGCUGUGCCUCAUCCGAAUGUCAAGCCCAUGGCGUACGCCAACACGCUCAUGCAGCUGGGGAUGAUGUAGACGCUCCGUCUGCCUGAACUUCUGACCACGACUUCACUCCCUCUAGUGUUCGGACGUCGACCCAAAGCCCCGCCCCCUCCCCUCCAAGAGUUUGGCUAGUCGUUCCUCCAACGUAGGAAAGCACUUAGACUGUCCCUCACAUCUCCACCGGAUCAACCCGAGAGUCUGUGGCUCGGUUCUGACGAUCAAACUCAGCAGACGGGAUCAAGUUUGUGGUUCGUACCAAAGAUCAGUAUCUCCAUAACGAUUGUCGGGUUCUCGCCGGGAACCCCAGGACUCUGGAGCGUCGUCCUGUCAGAUAAACGCGUUGUGAAGUGGGUCAGAGCAGCCUGUGGAUCAGUGUCAGCCCCCGCCCUCCCUCGCCCCACCACAGUGUGAUCAGAACCGAUCUGGGUCCGGUCCGUUUCAGCAGCAGCAUGUGGUUUUUGCACUGUUUCCUGUUGAUCUUGUCUCUACAUCCUCCAGCAGCUUCACACCGGUAACUUCAUCAACACUAGCGCGUGCACACACACACACACACACACACACACGUGGACUCAGCACACUGACGUCCUGAAAAAAAUGCAAUUUGUCUUGAACGCACAGCUGCAUCGUCUGCCAACCCUCGACUUUUUAGAUAAAGAUACACUGAUGUGUAUGUAAAUAUACUGUAUCAUUUAUCAUGUUUCUGUGUCAUGUUUGAGAAAAUAUUGAAUAAAAAAAAUCAGUCCAGUGAUUUUUUUUUUUUUUGAAAAGACUUCAAAAUCACUCUUCUUGUGCGUCUCGCGGAUUAUUCAAGGACCUGAAAUAUGCCUCAGCGUCAGUCCCGUUCAUGAUGAAACCUUGAGUCGAUAUGGAAAUACAUGGCCUUCAUCGCUGCUUAUGAUGCUCUUAAAAUAAUAGAAUAUUAGAAUGUCUUAUUCACACAAUCGUACAGAAUCAUGUGUUGACUGUGUUUAUGUACGACAUAAAAUAAUAAGAGACUUAUGAUGAAUGUUGACUUUGAGAGCAAUGUUUUAGCAAAGAGGAUUUUCUGAGG